AUGUCCGUCGAUAAUCCCAAGCUUCCAAGUCUCCCCCCACCCGGCCCCUCUGUAGAGUCGGAGGAUGAUUCGGACAAUCCCACCCGUCGGGCUAAAAAGCCUCUCCCAGAACCAGCCAAUCAAACAAUCGCUGUAUCUACCGGUCAGGCCCAUUCCAACAUAGAGCCAUCUUCAACGGAGCCAAAGGCCCAAGCCGUUACCUCAAGCCAUGUAGAGGUCCCCGCUGCUCCACCAACGGCUACUUCCAGAGACCAGUACCUGCCUCCUGAGGAAGAACCCGAUGAGCCCGAGCGCCAAGUCAAGUCCAGUCGGUCAGCGAUCACGGUUGAAUUCACAGAUCCGUCCAUCAGGAAAGUCCUUGAUGCAGAGGCUGUGAAUUUUGUCAACUUCCUGAAGAAGCGCCUUGCCGAUAUGAAAGGCGAUGAUUAUACAGCCAAGAAGGAUGCAAUGGCAAAGAACUAUGAGCUUAACUUUGCGCGUGAACUGGCUACAAAAGUUAAAAAGUCUGAGGCUGUUUCCGAGCUGGAUGGCCGCGCCACAGACAUUGAUUUGUUCAUUUUGGACAAAAAAGAGGACCUCUUCAACGUCAUCUUUAAUGCUGCUGUGAAUUGCCUUAAAGAGGAAGAGACGUCUAGAUCCAAUGCGUCCUAG